AUGGCCCAAUCCUCUCACUGCUACCUGCCUCGCUUCGCCCCCGCGGUCGACGGGCCGAAACGCCCGGUUUCCAUGAAGACGAGACCGACCUCUUCGCAAUGUGCGCAGUUAUUAACCGCCUGGCACGAAGGGCGUCUGGAAUCCAUACUGCAGGCCACCUGGGCGCUGGUCCUGCACUACUAUAUCCGCUCCGAGGAUAUCAGCUUCGGCUAUCAACACAUCGACGGUGACUCCAUCUCCUCUCGACACCAUGUACAGCGGUCGAAUGUCACCACCCCCGACCCCGAACUGUCGGCCAUCCGGUUGGCAAUUGACGAGAACGACUCCAUCAAGGCCAUUGUAGAUAAAGUGCGGAGCGGUGAUGGAAUCGAACAGCUCAGCGGUGCCGGAAGCGUAGAGGGCGUUUCUCAGGGCUACCUGCCUUUCAACACCAUCCUGAUGCUGCGCACAUAUCGAAAAACUGCCGAUCCCUCGUCGGCACCCUCUAAACCCAUGCUGGCCAGUGCUCUGCCAGGCCAGUGCCAAGUACGUCUCCAUGUAAAGGUGUUGCGCCGGGACAUCAACAUCUUCCUGGAAUGGCGAAACGGCGACAUGUCUGGCGACCAAAUGAAGAGCGUGGCCCAUAUUUUCGAGCAGAUGCUUGCCAAAGUGCUUUCUUCCGAUAACACCGCUAUUAGCCAGCUUAAUUUGUUCUCGGAGAAUGACUGGCAACGCAUCCGCAAGUGGACCGCGCAGGUACCCCAGGUCCACGACCGCUGCAUUCACGAUGCCAUCCACGAGCAAGCGCUGAGCGGGCCAGACAGGGAAGCUGUCUGCGCGUGGGAUGGCAGCCUCACCUAUGGCGAGCUUGACCAGUUGGCAUCGAAGCUGGCCUGUCACUUGCGCAUGCAGGGCGUCGGCCCGGAACGGCGCGUCGCACUAUUGUUUGAUAAAUCGAAAUGGAAUAUCGUUGCUAUGCUUGGCGUGAUGAAGGCCGGGGGUGCCUUCGUGCCGUUGGACCCAACGCAUCCAACCUCCCGUCUGCAACGGCUGAUCGAAUCUGUCCAUGCGGACGUUGCGCUAUGUUCGGAGACGCGCGCCGACGCAUUGAGACCUAUUGUGAAGACGCUCAUUCCACUCUGUAGCGAGACGAUGGACCGUCUGCCCGCGCCGGCCGAGGGAGUCGACCUGGCAUCGGGUGUGACCAGCCAGAAUGCCGCAUAUGUCCUGUUCACCUCCGGAUCGACGGGCGAGCCGAAGGGCACCCUGCUCGAGCACCGGGCCUUCCUGUCCAGCUCCAUGGCCCACGGAGCUGGGCUCUGCAUCUUCCGCGAGACACGCGCCUUGCAAUUCGCGGCGCAUACAUUCGACGCCAGUCUGGCAGAGUCGCUCACUCCUCUGAUUCAUGGUGCUUGUGUGUGCAUCCCCAGCGAGGAAGACCGGUUAAAUGACAUUGUGCGCUUCAUAAAUGAGAAGCGGGUCACCCAGGCCUGCUUUACCCCGUCAUUCAUCGGCUUUAUUGAAAUCGAGAGCGUGCCAGGGCUGCAGAGUCUCGUCCUGGCUGGCGAGGCAAUGUCGCAGUCGCAACUGGCUACCUGGUCCAGAAUCCAACUUGUCAAUGGCUACGGUCCUACCGAGGCCAGUGUUGCGUCGGUGCUGAACACUGGUGUCGCACGGAACUCGGACUGUAAAGAUAUUGGACUGCCGGUUGGUGUGAGAGCAUGGCUGGCGAACCCUGAAAACCACGACGAACUCGUCCCGGUCGGUUGUCCUGGUGAGCUACUGCUCGAGGGUCCGACCCUCGCUCGUUGCUACGUCAAUAACCCGGCCAAAACGAACGAAUCCUUUAUCUACGACCCUGUGUGGACCAAGUUCGACGCUGAAGGCGGCUCCAACCGCAGAUUCUACAAGACUGGUGACCUGGUGAGAUAUAACUCCGACAUGGGUGCCCUCAACUACAUUGGUCGAAAAGAUACCCAGGUUAAGGUUCACGGCCAGCGCAUUGAGUUGGGUGAGAUCGAGAACCAACUGAACAAGGACACCAACGUGACCCACUGUUCUGUAUUCUUCCCUAAGUCGGGCUUUUCCAAGGGUCGUCUGGCGGCCGUCAUCUCGUCGGUCGGACUCUUGGCUGAGCAAUCCGAUGCUGACUUGGAGCCCCUGCGCCUCAUUCCCACUUCGGAGAAAACAAAGAUUAUUCCUGGCAUUCGUGAGCGACUCUUGGCACGCCUGCCGACGUACAUGGUACCUGCAGUCUGGCUUUGUGUAGAAGCAAUGCCGCUCCUCCCAUCCGGAAAGCUUGAUCGGAAGGGUAUCGCCGCUUGGGUGACCACGAUGGAGACCGACCCUGAUGUCGGCAAGUCUUCUGGAGGCGCUGUGACUGAGGCAGAAGUGCCUCAGCCUGCGAAUGAGACCGAACAGGCUCUCGCCGCAGUCUUCAGCCGUGUGCUCAACAUUCCCCAGAACCAUGUCAGUCUAAGUGAAAGUUUCCUCGCCCUGGGUGGUGACUCCAUUGCUGCGAUGACUUGCAUUGGUCUCUGCAAGAAGCGUGGGAUUGGUCUUUCUGUGCAGGAUGUCCUUCGCAGCAAGUCGAUCCGGGAUCUGGCUUCGCGGGCGAAGUCCAUCGAGCAUCUCAUGACGUACCAGGAGGUGGUUGACGAACCAUUCGACCUCUCUCCUAUCCAGAUUCUGCAUUUCGGCGUUCGCAAGGAGGGCCAGGGCCACUUCAACCAAGGUAUUCUCACUCGUCUGAACAAGCCUCUGGAGGAGCGUACUCUGCGCAAGGCAAUUGAGACUCUCGUCUCUCGUCACUCCAUGCUCCGUGCUCGAUUUGAGAACACAGGCUGGUCCACAGCUUCCAACCAGCGGAUCACUCGUGAAAUAAAGGGCUCAUACAGAUGGCGCAGCAACAUUGUCCGCUCCAUGGAUGACAUCAAACCCCAUGUUGCGGAUAGCCAGUCUUGCAUCAACUGCUUCUCUGGUCCAAUGUUGGCAGUCGACUACUUCCGUUUCAGGGAAAAGCAGCACCCGCCUGUGUUGUCUAUGACUGCUCACCAUCUGGUUGUCGACAUUGUUUCCUGGCGAAUCAUUUUGGAAGAUCUUGAGGACUUGAUCCUGAACCCUGGAAAGACAGGAAGCGAGGAUGCCUCACUUCCUUUCCAGACCUGGUGCCAAUUGCAGGCUGAGCACUCUAAGAACAUGUUCGUCGAAGACAAAAUCUCCAAGGAUCAACUUCCUGCCCCUGACUUUGGAUACUGGGGUCUGAAGACCCACUCGACUACCUACGGUGAUGUUGAUUGUGCUGCCUUUGAGAUCGAUGCGACUCACACGAACGCCAUCUUGCUUGAUUGUCACAAGGCACUGGAUACCGAGCCCAUCGAUCUGUUCCUCGCUUCCAUGCUCCAUUCAUUUGGUCAAUCGUUCACAGAUCGUGCUUUGCCAACCAUCUUCAACGAGGGACACGGACGUGAGGUUUGGGAUCCUUCUAUUGAUAUUUCGCACACUGUCGGCUGGUUCACCAUUCUGCACCCGAUCUUCGUCAACUCGUACAAGUCAGACGACCCAAUUGACACUCUCGUCAAGGUCAAGGAUCUUCGUCGCCGAGUCUCUGAUAAUGGUCGCGCUGACUUUGCAAGCCGCGUUUUGCCCAUCGAGGGCAAGCAGUCUGGUACCUACCCGCAUCCCUUCGAAAUGUCCUUCAAUUAUGUCGGUCAGCACCGUGAUCUUCAGCGUCAGGACGGUCUUUUCCAGCUUGUCGAUCAGAUGGCUGGUGAGACUGGUCAGGGUAGUGGUGAUGCAGACUUCGGUCGCGAUACUCCCCGUUUCGGCCUGUUUGAGAUUUCGGCCAUGGUCACUGGUGGCAAGAUCCGGUUCACAUUUUCUUUCAACAAGUUUAUGCAGCACCAGGAUCGCAUCCAUUCUUGGGUGUCCAACUGUCAAGAGCAGCUUUUGUCUUUCUCGGAGCAGUUGACUGCCAUGAACCCACGACUGACUUUGAGCUCUUUCCCGAUGUUGUCUCUCAACUACGACAGCCUCGACAAAAUGCUCAACCAAAAGCUGACUGCCAUUGGUGUCACCUCUCCCGACAUGAUCGAAGACAUCUAUCCUUGCUCUCGCAUGCAACAGGGCAUUUUACUGGGCCGAACUCGGGACAGCUCUUAUUAUGCCGUUCACGAUACCUUCGAGGUCCGCGGUACUGGAUCUACCGAGCCUAAUAUCGACCGUCUUGUAGAAGCGUGGAAGACAGUAACUGCUCACCAUGCCAUGUUCCGUACCAUUUUCGUCGAGAACCUUACUCCGGGGGACCCUUUCUGCCAGGUCGUAUUGAAGGAGUACGAUGCCAGUCCCGUGUUCCUGCAGUCUUCCGGAGAUAGCGAUAUUUUCGCUACCUUCGACGCUCAAGAACCCAAGGAUUACAGCGAGCUCACUCCGGCCUAUCGGUUCAGCAUCUGCCACACAGCCACUGGCCGCAUCUUCUGCCGCAUUGAGCUGAGCCACGCUGCUAUGGAUGGAAACUCGAUCUCUAUCAUCCUUCGUGACCUGCAAUUGGCCUAUGUCGGCAGACUCGAGGAGACUCGCCGACCUCUAUUCAAGGACUACAUGCGCUAUCUUCAGGAUGCCCCCAAGAAAGCUAGCAUCAACCAUUGGCGCUCGUACCUUUCCGACGCGAAGCCAUGCUUAUUCCCUGUCCUGACUGAUGGCCCGCCUCCUCAGGAGAAGACUCUGCGCUCCAUCCCAGUCAACUUUGCCUACUUGUCCGAGCUCCAGACUGUCUGCGAGAAGAAGGGAAUUACUCUAUCCAACGCUUUCAAUGCCGCCUGGGGUCUUACUCUGCGCUACUUUACCGGCUGUGAUGACGUCAGUUUCAGCUUCAUGGCAUCCCUCCGCGACGUUGCUGCAGAUGGAGUGCUGGCUGUUGUUGGUCCUGUCAUCAACCUGAUGGUUUGCCGGAUGAAGGUCUCCGGCAAUUCAGUUCUGAGCGAAGUUUUGGACCAGAUCCAGGACGACUAUAUGGAGAGCCUGCCUUACCGCCACACCUCCCUCAUUGACAUUCAACAUGCUCUGAAGCUCUCUGACACAAACCUGUUCAACUCUGGUGUAUCCUACCGCCGUCUUCCCGGCGCCCAGGACGCUGUCAGCAGUGACAUCGAGUGUGUGGAGGUCGGUUCGAUCCAUGACCCUGCCGAAUUCCCUGUCUACAUCAACAUCGAGGCCAUGGACUCCAAGGCGCGCAUUGACCUCAACUACUGGACCACCAACCUCUCAGAUUCCCAGGCGACAAACGUUGCUAACACUUAUGUUCGCUGUCUUGAGAGCAUCCUGACCCAUACAGAUAGCCAGAUAUGCCAGCUCGAUAGCCUCAGUGAACAGAACAAGGCCGACAUCCUUUAUUGGAACAGCAAAAAUCCCCAGCCUGUUGAGAUCUGCGCCCACCAGGUCGUUCAGGAUAUGGCCAAGAAGCGCCCGGAGUCUUUGGCCGUGACUGCUUGGGAUGGUAACCUCACCUACUCCAAGCUAGAUCAGUUCUCAUCUCGCCUGGCGAGCUACCUUGUUACUUUCGGCGUCGGUCCUGGAAGCUUGAUCCCGAUUUCCUUCGACAAGUCCGUCUGGCACAUUGUCUCUAUGCUCGCUGUCAUGAAGGCUGGAGGUGGCUGCAUUCCAGUUGACUCGCCGAAGACGAUGGGCCUCGUCGACAAGUAUGCCCAGGACAAUGUGAUUCAGGUCGCUCUUGCGUCUCCCGAGAAGGCUCAAGUCCUCGAGGAGGUUAUUCCUUACGUUGUCCCAGUGAGCGAGUCCCUCCUCGAGUAUCUCGGGGAUGAGCCCCUGCUUUCAAUGGCAUGCUACUCCGAUCCGGCAUAUGUCUCGUUUACUGCUGGGGCAUCAGGCUCCGCGAAGGGUGUUGUCUUGGAACAUGCUACCAUUAUCACCCGAGCUGAAGCAUUUGCCGCAUCGCUGAGGCUCACGGAUUCUUCUCGUACCUUCCAAUUCGCUCCCAAAACAUCCGAUCUCUUCUUGCUUGAGACUUUCGGUACGUUCAUUCGUGGAGGCUGCGUCUGCAUUCCGGCAGACAUUGAUCCUGCUACCAUGGCCGCCUCGAUCAAUGUUUUGCACGCCAACGUUGCUUGCUUCACUCCAACGGUGGCCACCUUCAUCUCCCCGAAGGAUGUCCACGGCCUGAAGACUGCAGUGCUGGUCGGAGAAGCAGCAACUGAGCCUAUUAUGGAGAGGUGGCAGUCUGAGGACCUCCAAUUGCAUUCUUUGUUUGGUACGACAGAGUCUUCGUAUGCCUCUUGUCAUACUUCGGUCACCCGAAGCACCCAAAACAAUAUUGUUGGAUUCCCCGUGUCUGGAAUUUCAUGGGUUGUCGACCCCAGUAACCAUCAAGCUCUUGUGGCCGUUGGCUGCAUUGGUGAACUGGUGAUUGAGGGCCCCAUCGUGGCCUCGAAGUACCUGGCGAAUGCUGGGCAAGAGAGCAAUGCAUUCUUCGAGAACCCCUCUUGGAUCGCCUCUUUUGCCAACAAGUCAUAUGAAAUUACGCAGACCAGGAAGUUCUUCAAGACCGGCGAUCUAGUCCGUUACAAUGGUGAUGGCUGUCUGGUGUACAUUGGAAAGAAGGCCACAAGUCAAGAUUUGGGCUUCUCAAACGACAUCGCUCGCGUUCAGCAAUCCAUUAACAACUAUUUGGGCUCCAAGAGAAAGGCCGUCGUGGAUGCAGUCACCCUUCCCGGCGAUGAUUGCAACACUAUCGUCGCUUUCAUUGGCUCCUCAGCUGCCACACCGGCAUCCUUCAACACACACGUUAUUCAGAGCUCGUCGCCAGACAUGAAGACGACAAUUUCUGCUGUUCAUGCUCAUCUUACUAGCCGCUUCCCUGCUCACAAGGUCCCGAGUAGCUACAUCCCUAUCUCCUCUCUCCCACUAACCUCCCUUGGAAAGCUCAAUUCACAGGCCCUCAAGUCUGAGAUCCAAGGUCUGUCGCCAGGUGCUCUGCGAUCAUUCGAUAUCGAGAGCUGGACGGGAUCAAAGUCCUUGAACCGCAACUCUCACCAGUCUUCUCUUUGUGGAACCAACCUCGCCUUCUGGAAAGAAUAUCUGACUGAUGUCGAGCCUUGCAACUUCCCCUCUAUUUCCCUCGACCCAUUCAGCUCUGUAAAGUCGACCCGCACUCUCAACAAGCAAACCCAGAAGCUGCAUGCAUUCAGCAAAAUGUCUGGUGUCUCUGUAGAGACCCUCUUCCAGUUUGCCUGGGGUCUGGUGCUGCGCUGCUACACCGGCUCUGACGAUGUUUGCUUCGGAUUUGCUUCUGCAAACUCGGAUAAUCUCGCUGUUGCCAUCUGUCGUUUGAUGCUCAGCAACGAUCGCAAGCUGGAAGACUCUCUUCAGCACUCCAAGGCCGAGUUCGACAAGUGUCUGCAAAACUUUGCCGAUCUGCCUACUGUCAAGCACCACCUUGGUUUGGACGACACCAGUCUUUUCAACACCCUCCUGACUUUCCACACCUCUUCUUCCCUCCCUCAAGGCCAUGUCCGGGCAUAUACCACUGCAAAUGACUACAAGUUCACCGUGGCCGCGGAAGUUAAUAGCGCGGUUGCCGAAAUUCACUUCAGCUAUUCCUCGGACAUCCUUACCUCUAGCCAGGUCACCCAUGUCAUUGAUGCGUUCGAUCAUUUCCUGAACGAUAUCAUGUCAUCGAACCCCCGUUACCGCCUAAUCGGUGAUCUGGACCUCUUCCCUCAGCGUUCCUGCAGACAGAUCCGUGACUGGAACGCAACCCUCCCUCCCCGUGUUGAGAAGUGUGCCGACGAGCUCAUUCAGCAGCAGGCGCUACUGCACCCUCGUGCCGAAGCUGUUUGCUCUUGGGAUAAGAACUUCACUUAUGGCCAGCUUGAGAUCGUCUCCAGUCGUCUUGCACGCUACCUGACAAGCCUAGGAGUCAAGCCUGAAGUAUUCGUUGUCCUGUCUUUUGAGAAGUCUGCUUGGGCUGUUGUUGCCCAGCUGGCUGUCCUCAAGGCUGGUGGUGCAUUCGUCUCCAUUGAUCCCACUCACCCGGACUCUCGUCUGCAGAUGCUCAUUAAUGAAAUUGGUGCCAACCUCGUUCUGUGCUCUUCGACACUUCAGUCCAAAAUGGCCAAGCUUUGCAAGAAGGCUUUCGCAGUUUCCCAGAACUCGAUCUCCCAGCUGCCUGAAUCUCCUCUUGCUCUUCCUGGAACUCGUCCUUCUCCAAGCAACUCCGCCUACGCCAUUUUCACUUCUGGUACCACCGGCAAACCUAAGGCAACUGUGGUUGAACACACUGCGCUCAGCACAACCGCCAUUGCCAUGACCGAUGCCCUACACAUGAACUCCGGUACUCGCUCGUUGCAAUUCUCCAACUACACCUUCGAUGUCAGUGUCCUCGAAAUUAUGAUGACUUUGAUGACUGGUGGCUGUGUCUGUGUUCCCAGUGAGGAAGAGCGUAUGAAUAACCUCGGUGGUGCUAUCCGCCGCAUGGAGGCCAACUACAUGGCAUCUCCGCCUGCCAUCGUCAACACCCUGGAGCCCAAGAGUGUUCCGACUCUAAAGACCAUCAUCACCGGCGGUGAAAAGAUGCCCUCCAACCACAUUGACCGUUGGAGCGACCGAUUUGUGAUCAAUGCCUAUGGUCCCUCCGAAGCCACCGUCGUUGCUACUGUUGGUGUCAAGGUUGAUUGGGAUGGCAAUCGCGUCAACAAUGAUCCUACCUCUAUCGGCUACGCCGCAAACUGCAGAGUCUGGAUUGUUGACCCCAACAACUACAACCGUCUCCUCCCCGUCGGAGCUGUUGGUGAGAUGCUGCUCGAAGGUAGCAACAUUGCCCGAGAGUACCUUGGCAACCCCGAGAAGACCAAGGCUGCUUUCGUUGAGGAUCCGACUUGGAGUCACCACCCCGGACUGCUCGGUCUCUUCAAGCGCAAGGAUCGCAUGUACCGCACCGGUGAUCUUGUUCGUUACAACAGCGAUGGCACUCUUGCCUUCAUCUCCCGCAAGGACACUCAGAUCAAGUUCAACGGUCAGCGCAUUGAACUCGAGGAGAUCGAGCACCAAUGUCUCCGUGCUCUCCCCGAAGGUUCCCAAGUCGCGGUCGACGUUGUCGUCCCUCAAGAGCGAACUGUCGCAAAGGGCCUUGCUGCUUUCUUCACUGUUCACGAUCCCGAUUCCGUCGAAGGUGGCACCAGCGACCACUUUGCCCCGACAACCCCCGGCGUCGACCCCCUCCUGCUGCCCAUCUCUGUGUCCAACAUGGAUGCUAUUCAGAAGCUGAAGAGCUCGCUUCCCGACCUUCUUCCACAGAGCAUGAUGCCUCGUCUGUUCUUUCCCUUGCGCAACCUCCCAUUUACUUCUUCUGCCAAGAUUGAUCGCCGUCGCCUUCGUGCCAUGGUACAGACUUUGUCCAAGGACGUCCUGAAGUCCUACAUCACAUUUAGUACUGGGACUAAGAAGGACGAUACUUCUGCCGACGGCAUUGAAGCCAAGCUUCGCUCGCUUUGGGAGAAGACUCUUGAUCUCGAGGCCGGAUCUGUCACCAACGACGACAGCUUCUUUGCCCUGGGUGGUGACUCUUUCUCUGCCAUGAACCUCGUAGGAGCUGCUCAGGCUAUUGGGAUCUCUCUCAAUGUGGCCACAAUCUUCAAGUCUCCUGUUCUCAUCGAGAUGGCACAUGGUUGCUCUGAAUUUGUUGAAGCUCCUGCUCCCAAGAAGGCAGCUCUCGAGCCAUUCUCUCUCCUUCCCUCCUCUGUCAACGUUAACAGCAUUUUGGAUGAGGUUAUUGACAGCUGCGCCAUUCCCAAGUCCUCCAUAUGCGAUGUGUACCCUUGCUCUGCUGUCCAGGAAGGUCUUCUGACCCUCUCCCUCAAGCACCAAGGUGCCUACGUCGCCCAGCCAGCCUUUCGACUCGCCAAUGGUGCCGACCUCGAUCGCUUCAAGGCAGCUUGGCAGCAGACUGUUGCGGAUCUCGAGAUUCUGCGUACUCGCAUUGUUCACACUGAGGCUAUGAACUUUGCCCAAGUGGUCCUGAAGGAAGAGCCUAUCUCUUGGGUCCAUGCCGAAUCGUUCGAGCAGUUGCCCAGCGACACCACCGAGCUUCCUAAGCACAAUGGUGCUCCUCUGACCGGAUAUGCGAUUGUUCAGCCUCGUGGUUCUUCUGCUCGCUACUUCGUCUGGUCCGUCCACCACGCCCUCUACGAUGGUUGGAGCAUUCCCCUGGUCUGGCGCAAGGUUGAGGAGAACUACAACGCAACACGCACCGAGGAGUCAGUUACUCCCUACGGCCUAUUUAUCGAGUACCUCACCAAGAAAGACAUGAACGAGUCUGAUGCUUUCUGGAAAUCCUAUCUCAAGGAUCUGUCAAGCAUCCCCUUCCCCCAGAACAAGAAUUCCGUCCCAGAUGCUGUCCGUGCUGGCAACACCCAAUACAACACUCUGGAUAUUUCGCGUCCUGCGAACAGUGUUGAGUUCACCCUUCCUGUUCUCCUGCGUGCUGCUUGGGCGAUUAUUCUUGCUACUCACACUGGUUCCGGCGACGUUUGCUUCGGAGAGACUCUUUCUGGACGAAACAUCGAUCUUCCUGGUAUUGCAGACAUUGCUGGUCCCGUCUUGUCGACUGUUCCGACUCGUGUUCAGGUUGACAACGAGCUGCCUAUCGUCGAGUACUUGGACCAGAUUAACAAAUCUACCACCGACAUGAUUCCUCACCUCCACGCCGGUCUCCAGCGCAUUCGUCAACUUAACAGCGACACUGCAACCGGCUGCAACUUCAAAAACCUGCUUGUCAUCCAGUCCGGUGAAAGUGAACUGGAUAGCAAGAUCUGGGUCGACGAGAAGCGUGAGACUAGCGAGGAGUUCUUUACACAUCCACUGGUCCUGGAAUGUUCAAUUUCCAAGUCCAAGAUCUCCUUCAUCGUUCACCACGAUGAGCUGGUCAUCAAUGGCUGGCAGACAAGGCGUAUCACUGAGCAGCUCAGCCACGUCCUGAAGCAACUCAUGUCAAUCCCCAAGUCAACCACCGGCAAAUUGGUCGAUUUGGAAGUUGUCAGCCCCGAAGACAAGGCUGAAAUCGCUCACUGGAACCGUCGCGACAUUCCUCCUGUCGAGCGCUGUGUCCACGAGUUUAUCUUGGAGAAGACCAUGGAAACACCAAACGCUCCCGCUGUCUGUGCCUGGGAUGGAGAGCUUACCUACCGCGAGUUCUGGGAUCUGGCAUCCUCUUUCGCCAACUACCUCGUCGGCCGUGGUGUCGGUCCUGAAGUCUUUGUCCCUGUCUGCCUCGACAAAUCUGCCUGGGCGAUGGUCACCCUCAUCAGUAUCCUCAUUGCUGGUGGUGCCUACGUCCCAUUGGAUCCUCAUCACCCUGUUUCUCGACACGAGGAAAUUCUUGCCGAUGUUGGUGCAAACAUGAUCCUUUGCACGCCCAACUACACCAACCGCUACACUCGCGUUGUGAAGACCGUCAUUCCCAUCAGCAAGGAGACUAUCAAGGCUUACGGAUCCCUCAAUUCUUCUUCUCGGCCUCGCUCCCACCUGAAGGCCUCCAACAUGGCUUACGCUCUGUUCACCUCUGGAAGCACUGGUCGUGCCAAGGGUAUUGUCGUUGAGCACCGGAAUGUCGUCAGCAGCAUUAUGGCAUUUGGACCGAUGACCGAAAUGGGUCCCAAGUCUCGAGUCUUCCAAUUCGCCUCCCUGACAUUCGACGCCGCUAUCAUGGAGACACUGGCAAUCCUCAUGCUAGGUGGCUGCAUAUGCGUUCCAAGUGAGGAUGAACGUCUCAACGAUGUGGCUGGUGCAAUCCGCCGUCUCAACGUCACCUGGACUUUCCUCACCCCCUCGAUUGCUUCUAUCAUCGAGCCUUCGUCCGUUCCAUCCCUGGAAAUCCUUGUCUGCGGUGGUGAAAAGAUGUCCAAUGAGGUCAUCACCAAGUGGGCUAACACACUUAAACUCAUGAACGGCUACGGUCCUACUGAGACCUGUGUCUUCGCGGUCAUUGACACUUGUGUGGCUACGAACCGUGAUCCCGCACGCAUUGGCUACGGUAUUCCCAGCACCCUGACUUGGAUCGUCGACCCUGAGAACCCAAGCCGAUUGGCUCCUCUCGGUGCAGUUGGCGAGCUUGCCCUUGAAGGUCCCGCCCUGGCCCGAGAGUACUUGAAGAACCCUGAAAAGAAUGCCGAGGCAUUUAUCAACAACCCUGCCUGGGUGAAGGACUUCAAGAAGGCAUCCAUUCCCUCUCCUCGCCGCAUCUACUUGACCGGUGACCUUUGCUACUACAACGCCGAUGGCUCUAUCGAGUACAUCAGCCGUAAGGAUCAUCAGGUUAAACUCCACGGCCAGCGCAUGGAGCUCGGAGAGAUCGAACAUCGACUGCAUGAAGACCCACUUAUUCGCCACGCCGUUGUCAUUUUGCCCAAGACCGGCCCGCUCAAGCAGCGCCUGGUUACUGUCAUGUCAUUGAACAAGAUCGCUGCAGACAACAAGCUGAUCUCCGACAAGCCAUGCGAACUUGUGGAUCAAGACGAGUUCAACAACAAGGGAUUGGCUAGUCUCGUCGAAGUCCAAAAGAAACUGGAGACGCAGAUUCCCAUCUACAUGGUGCCCCAGACCUGGGCUCUAAUCAAGAAGCUUCCCAUGCUUGUCUCUGGAAAACUUGAUCGCAAGAAGAUCACUGCUUGGCUCGAGAACAUUGAUGAUGAUUCCUACGAGCGGAUCAUGCAAGACUACGAUCACAUGAAGCGCGGAGCUCCCGAGAAGCCACAGGAGAAGGAGCAGGAUGGAUCCUUGAAAAUCGUUCGGGAGAUUUUCUCGCAGGUUCUCAACAUUUCCCUGCAGAAGGUGAACGUGGAUCGAUCUUUUGUCAGUCUAGGCGGCGACAGUAUCACCGGCAUGGCCGUGAUCUCCAGGGCUCGCAAGCAGGGUCUGACCCUGACCCUCAAUGACAUCUUGCAAAGCCGAUCGGUGAAGGAGCUUGCACAGACUGCCAGUGCCAAGGCACCGGUAACUUCUCACCGUGAGGAGAAGGCCGGCGAAAGCUUCGCUCUUUCUCCCGUUCAGAAGCUUUACAUGCAAUCCACGAACUCGUACAAGGGUGCUGCGCGCUUCAAUCAAAGCAUCACUGUACGGAUCUCUCGUCGUGUUGAGGGCGAGGUCCUUCGACGUGCUAUCAAGGCUGUUACUAGUCAGCACUCGAUGUUCCGGGCCCGCUUCAGCAAGGUGAAUGGAACGUGGCAGCAGAAGGCAGCAGCUGAGGUUGACGAGUCGUAUCGCUUCCGCGCGCACUCUGUCAGCGAUACACGUGCUAUGGUCCCCAAGAUUUCGGAGAGCCAGUCCUGCUUGGACCCUCUCAAUGGACCAAUAUUCGCUGCCGACCUGUUCAAUCUUCGUAGCGGAGGCCAAGUGCUUUUCCUUGUUGCUCACCACCUGUGUGUUGACAUGGUUUCCUGGCGCAUCAUUCUCCAAGACCUUGAAGAGCUUGUUCUCUCUGGCUCGCUGUCUGACGAGAAGGCACUCUCCUUCCAGAGCUGGUGCGCUAUGCAGCUAGAGCGAGUAAAGACACGCGAUGCAGGUCUCGCUCUGCCCUUCACUCCUGAGCAACCCAACCUGUCCUACUGGGGCAUGCAGGAGUCUUCCAACUUGUACGGCGAUCUCAAGAUGGAGUCUUUCACCCUCAGUGAGGAGAGUACCAAGUUCAUCCUCGAGGACUGUCACGAGACUUUCGGGACUGAUACCGUCGACAUCUUGCUUGCUGCAAUUGUGCACUCAUUCAGACGCACUUUUACCGAUCGCAAGCUUCCCACCAUCUACAACGAAGGCCACGGCCGUGAGCCUUGGGAUGCAAGCAUUGAUCUCUCUCGCACCGUCGGUUGGUUUACUACCAUGGCUCCUCUUCUAGUCGACGGUCAGGAUGGUACCCUGAUAGAUACCAUCAAGCGCGUCAAGGACACUCGCCGAAAGAUCACCGACAACGGCCGUCCUUUCUUCGCCAAGAGCCUUUUGGCUGGCGAACAGCAGCCCGGCACUGAUGCUUUCCAACUUCCUCUAGAGAUUCUUUUCAACUACCUUGGCAGGCUGCAACAGCUUGAGCGCGCCGACUCCCUCUUUCGUCACCAGGGCAGCGUGUUCGACAGCUCUGACUUUGCUGUCGCUGGUGACAUGGGCCCCGAUACUGCUCGAUUCGCUCUCUUCGAGCUAUCUGCAAUUGUUGUGAAGGAGCGCCUCAAUGUCUCCUUCGCCUACAAUCGUCGGAUGCAGCGCGAGGGACAAAUCCGUCGUUGGAUCCUCCACUGCAAGCAGACUCUGGAGAAGGAUCUUGCUACCCUGAGAAACACCCCUGCAGAGCCCACUCUAAGCGAUUACCCCCUUCUGCCAAUCAACUACCAUGACCUGCAGAUUCUCAUCAGCAACACCUUCCGCAAGCUUGGCAUUCGCAGCAAGACCGAAGUCGAGAACAUCUACCCUUGCUCUCCUAUGCAGGAAGGUCUGCUGCUCAGUCAGCUCCGCGACCCCAGUGCCUACAUGUUCCACACUAUCUUCGAGAUCAAGGAUGCCCGCUCUGGCAAGGUGGAUCCGGAGAGACUCGCACGAUCCUGGAAGAUGCUGGUGGAUCGCCACCCGGUCCUCCGAACCACCUUCAUCGAUAGCAAUUACAGCGGUGGGUCGUUUGAUCAACUGGUCUUCAAGAAACUGAACGACAACAUCCUUCGCGUGGAGUGCACCGAUUCCCAAGUGGAGGAGAAGCUGGCUGCCAUCUCUCUUCGUGAUGCCAAUGCCAUACGCCCAGCAAAGCUUUCUCACCAAAUGACCAUUUGCAAGACCACCAGCGGUCGCGUUCUCGUCAAACUGGAAAUCAACCACGCCAUCAUUGAUGGUGGUGGUGUGGAUGUACUGCUUCGCGAUCUCACAAUGGCGUAUGACCGCAAGCUGGGCGAAGGCUCCGGUCCCCAAUUCAGCGAGUACAUCAAGUACAUUCGAACCCGCAGCCAAGUCGAAGCUCUUUCACACUGGAAGACUUACCUGGGAGGUGUCCGCCCUUGCCAUCUCGCUCCCAGUGCUGCUUUCCAGACUAAGCGAGAGCUAAGGGGCAUCCUCAUGGAUUUCAACCGCUACCCUGAGCUCCUGAGCUUCUGUGAAGGAGCUUCAGUCACUUUGGCCAACCUCACCCUGACUGCGUGGGCUAUGGUCCUUCGACAGUUCACUGCUUCCGACGAUGUCUGCUUCGGAUACCUGUCUGCCGGUCGCGAUGCGCCUGUCAACGGUAUUCAGGACAUGGUCGGUAUUUUCAUCAACAUGCUUUGCUGCCGCGUCAAAUUCUCUGCACAGCAAUCCCUCGCGGAUAUUUCUAAGCGAGUGAAUGCCGACUACAUUGCCAGCAUUCCCCACCAGAGCUGCUCCCUCGCCAGCAUCCAGCAUGAGCUGGGAUGGCAGGGACAGUCUUUGUUCAACACAACCCUCUCUAUCCAAAACCACACUGUUGCCGGUGGCACCAGGGAGAAGGGUCUGUCUUUCGAUCUCCAGCAUGCUCACGACCCUAGCGAGUAUGCUGUUACUGUCAACGUUGACAUUUCUCGCGGCCAUGAGGGCAUCAUGCUCCGUUACUGGAAUGAUGUUGUCUCUGAUGACCAAGCUCAGUCGCUUGCGGAUGCCAUCGCCAAAGUCUUCACCGGCUUCAUCGAGUCGCCUUCCGCGACCAUUCCGGCCACCAAACUCGAGGAGAGAGUCCUCACUGAGCAGUCCUUUGAGUGGGACAACUCUCAGGGCCCCAUCUCUGAAAAGGCCAAGACCAACAGAAAGAGUCUGGAUGGCACUGCCAUUCAAAAGAUCAUUGAUGACCGUGUUCAUGAGAUCAUCGGUCAAAUGUUGAGGGAUGGCAAGCUGAUGGUGCCCGGUAUGGCGACCGACAGUCUUUCUGGCUAUGGUCACCCCGACUCCGUUGGCUCGCCUUUCCCGUUGGAUGGUCUCCAGGGAGGAGCAGAUGAUUCAGGUGUUUGCUCGUCAACCUCACGAUCGAGCGAGGAGGGGAUGUCUGCCGAUGUGGAAAGGAGACUUUGGAGACUUUGGAGUACUGCCCUGGGUCUGUCACCCAACGUAGUGCGACAUCAGGACAGCUUCUUCAAGCUUGGUGGUGACAGUAUCACCGCCAUGAAGAUGGUCAGCGCGGCCCGCGAAGAGGGUCUUGUUCUUACUGUUGCCGAUGUCUUCAACAACCCUGUCUUUGAAGACAUGCUCGCUACUGUUCGCGCAGCCAACGUCACGCAGCAGAUUCUCAACGCUGAUCUCAAGCCUGUGCACAAGGAGGUGGAUGCCUUUCCUGACAGCAAGCCGACAACUUUGGCUCCCACCCCUUCUUCCGAGAGCAUUUCAGUUCUCCGUCCUUCGAAGGCUGUGGAUGAUGCCUCAUUGCAGAGCGGAAUUUGCCCCAAGAUUGGUGUUUUCAAGGGUGGUAUCGCCGACGUGCUGCCGGUGACUGACUUCCAAGCCAUGUCCUUGACUGCGACACUUUUCAAGUCGCGAUGGAUGUUGAACUACUUCUUCUUGGAAGGAAAUGGUCCCUUAGAUCUUCGACGCCUGCGUGAAAGUUGCUUGAAGGUUGUUGAUGCUUUCGAUAUCCUCCGCACUGUUUUCGUUUGCUUCCACGACCAAUUCUUCCAGGUCGUUCUGCGCAAGAUCCGCCCCAGCAUCUUUGUAUAUGAGACCGAUCGUGGACUCGACGAGUUCACUUCCACCCUCCAGCAGCGCGACCGUGAAUAUGGUCCUCGGGAGGGCGAGCAGUACGUGCAAUUCUACGUUGUCAAGAAGAAGGAAAGCGACCAGCACCGCAUCAUGAUCCGGUUGUCGCACACCCAGUACGACGGAGUGUGUCUCUCCAAAAUCAUGUCGGCCAUUAAAUUCGGUUACGAGGGCAGCCCUCUGCCUCCAGUGACUCCGUAUGCCAGCUAUCUUCGUCAACUUCCUGGCACCAUUACUCCGGAUCACUACAACCACUGGUCCAACCUCCUCAAGGGAUCCCAGAUGACCCAGGUCGUCCGUCGCAAGGGCACAUCUAUGUUCCAAAACAUCGGCGCCUUCACUGAAAUCCGCAAGACAAUCGAGGUGCCGCCCACCGCCCUCGGUAAUGUUACUGUCGCGACCGUCAUGCAGGCAGCCUGGGCCCUUACUCUCGCGAAGCUCUCUGCGCAGUCCGAUAUUGUCUUCGGCUUGACCAUCAGCGGCCGCAAUGCGACCGUCCCCGGUAUUGAAAACACGGUUGGACCUUGCGUCAACGUGGUCCCCGUCCGCGUCAAGCUUGAAGAGAAGUGGACUGGUGUUGAUCUGUUCCGCUUCUUGCAAGAUCAACAGGUCUCUAACAUGCCAUUCGAGUCUCUCGGCUUCCGUGAGAUCAUCAAGCAAUGCACUAACUGGCCUGCUUGGACCUACUUCACCACCUCGGUCUUCCACCAGAAUGUCGACUAUGAGGGAUCGCUGGAGCUCGACACCAACAAGUACCGCAUGGGAGGUGCAGGCGUCAACGACAACUUCGCCGAUCUGACAAUGGUCUCUCGUCCUGCGGAUGAUCGCAACCUCAACGUCACCCUGGGCUUCUCUGAGAAGGGACCGAUUCUUCCCUCGUUCGCUGAGCGCGUCCUCGACAUGGUCUGCGAAACUGCCCAGGCCCUUGUCGCCAAUCCAUCGACCUCCUUGCCUUCGCCCAAUAUGCUUCGCUCGCUUCCUUCUCAGGUCAUUGACGAUCUUCCUCGUGCCUCGGACGAGCACUUCCUCAGUGCCCAUCUCAAGUCUCGCUCUAUUGCAGAGCUCCUGGUCCACUCGGACAUCCUCUCUCGCUCAUGGCACCAAGUCCUCCCCAGUCGCACUGCGCCCACUAUUGAGGUGGACAGCGACGAAAAGCCCAAGCACCAGACAGCCUUCCAGCUUGACUCUUCUUUCUUCGACCUUGGCGGCGACAUCUUCAACAUGGCUCAGCUUGUUUGGCUCCUGGAGCAGGAAGGCCUCAAGGUUCGGCUCGAGGAUCUUCUCGAGCACCCUUCGUUCUUGGGUCAAAUGGCUGUUCUGGCUCUUCACAAUGCCAAGCGCCAGGAAGACAUGGCUCCUGAGUACGCCACAGGCGCUGCCUCGCCCGAUCGCUCUGUUCGUCCUCAGGUCGAGAAGAAGAAGACAUGGGACAAGGCCGUGACAUUGGCGAGAAAAUUGACUCGACGGAACAACGUGGUUUCCAGUCGAGCCUAA